GGGUAAUAUUGCGGCGAAACUACGCCCCCCUGGCGUAUCGGUCAUAUGAUGAAAAGUUGGAAAUUACUCAUUAAAGUUGGAAAUUAUUAAUUAAAGGAUGUUGUGCCUAGCUUUGAAGGUCCAGACCAAUACGACGCUUGUAUGCAAUAUCGAACACUGCUGGCGGCUUGUCUCCUGCUGUAGUCAACGCAUCAUCACGACAGGACACGAGGACAGGCUUUACCGCAAACAACCGACCUUACUAUAACUCUAUUUAUGAUGCUUUUCUGGCAAAUGAACCCAAAGCCAUGUUUCCGUGAUUAACUGGUUGCGCUUCGAGCCUUGCUCCGGCAAUAUGAAUGCACUCGACUUGCACCGUUGUUAAUAUAACGCGCUUGCCGUAAACACCUAAAAUGCGUGUACCGGAUGUCUUUAGCGAAUUGCCAGUUACACCUCUCGCCGCGGCGGCUAGGCAUGCGGCCGCCGCCGUGGAUAUCGAUACUCUGGCCUUUCGCGUGGCCGACGCAUUACACGCAGUGGGCUUGCUAAGCUGUAUGGAAGAUGCGAACGUAUUGUUCGGCUACCGCAGCGGCGACAAAGGCCAGCUUGCAGCCUGCCAACGUGAUAGUAGUGACGAUGUCAACAACAACAGCAGUCGUUGCGGGGGCAACGCAAGCAGCAAUGAAACUUCCAGUCGCGCCGAUUGCCAGCAUGGCGCGGGGCCAACCGACUGCGCGGCCUCGGGGCUUGGGGUUUUCCCGCAUAAUGAUUCCCUGCUGCAGUGGGAAUCUUCUCCUCCUCGUGUUGCGGCUUCCUGCGUAGUUGAACAUCGUCUCGGCAGUGAAGUACAGACGCCGCAGGGGAACCCCACCGCAAACCCUGUUGCUGCUCAACGUGAUAAAAAGCUAAAGCAGCAACGGCUGCAGCAGCAACAGCAGCAGGACCCCUCUCAAAUAAGCAAGCACCCGCAGCCACAGCAUCCCAGCGCGCCUACACGACCCCAAGAGAUGGUUGUGCACAAUCAGGCGCAGUGUUUUCAGCAGCAACGGCCGCCAAAGCAGCAGCAGCAGGAGCAGCCACCGCUACCGCCGCAACUGCGACAGCAAUCACAACUGGCGCACGACAACCACAACCGCCAGCAACACCACCACCUGCCAAACAAACGGCCGCAUGCGGAUUUACCGCAGGGUGCACCGCCCGCCAAGGUUCGGCAUCUGGAGGACUCCUCCCGUCUCUGGACCCUGGCCACCAUAGCCGCACAACAUGCGAGCCAAGCGGAUGGGCGCGAUGAGGCCGAAGACGACCUGCAACAGCAGCAGCGGGAUGCGGCCCCUGCAGGAAUCUGCAGCACCCGGAAAGUCCAGCGGGUGUGCCAGGGGGCAGCGCGCCGGGAGCCAUGGCGCGGGCAGCCGCUGCUGCCGAUGCCGCAGCUGGAAACGCCUGCAGCGUCAGGAGAGGUGCACUUUCAGUUCGGCCUUCAAAUGCUUAGAGCCAAAAUGAAACGUAUCUGGUCCAUCCCACCUUCACGUGGACCUAGGAAGAUCGCGCCAAGCACGGCCUCCUCCCUCGCCAGCACUGCUAAUGUCACCGCCAGCUCAAUCUCUCCUACAGCGGCGGCAGCUGCACCUCUCCCAUCCGCUGCUGCCGCUGCUGCUACCCCUCCUGCCACUGCCGCUGCCUGCAAGCUUGGAACCACUCCCGAUGCAACAAAUCACCCGGGCACACCCGUACAGCGCACCCGGCAAAACCCCCAGGUACUGGCCCAGUGCUUCUGCGAUGCAGUGGAUAAGAUAGGUUUGAGGACAUCGGGUUCCAAGAUUCUAAAUGUCAUGCAAAACAACCCACGGGCCAGCGACCAGCCCUUCUCUCAGCAGCAGGUGCAAAGGCGCUUAGGGAAUUAUUGGGAAUGGCUGAAGGAGUGCGCCGGCCUUCCUUCAGACGCACCAAUGCGCUGGUCUGGCGUCGAGCAACUGAUGGUGCAGACACAUAAGGCCUUCAUGCAGUUUCUGCGAUACCCGGAGCUGCUCCCCAGCGCUGCAGCCGUCAUUGCUGCUGCGACUGUUGUGUACGAGGCUGAGGCGCGGGUCCGCAGCGGGCACACACCAGCCCUCUUACCACCAAGUGCUAGGCAGAUAACAGUUACCACUGGCUGCGCCCCUCUGGGGCAGUCGGCCCCUGUGAUGCAAGCAGCAGCACCUGUGGCACCACCACCAGCCGCAGCACUGGCAGCACCAGCUGUUGCAGCAGCGGCAGCGCCACCAACAGCAGCAGCACCUGUGGUACCGCCACCCACCCAACCACGAGCAUCAGCGGGACUGCCAGCAGCAACAGCAACAGGAGGAACAACCCCACCAGCCGCAGCAGUGGCUGCUGCUCCCACUGCUGGUUCACCUGCUGCCACUACCGGCACAUCAGCGGCAGUGCCACGCAUGGCGGCGGCUGCUGGCUACCGGGCUGUGCAGGGCAGCCCUCACGACCGCAUGUUGGAGCUUCGGCAUCAGCAGCAGCCGCAACCACAGCCGGCCAGGCAAUUCUCAUGCCGGCAGCCUAAGCCGCAAGCUCAGCCUCAACAGCAGCCUCAGCCUCAACAGCAACCCCGGCCCCAACAGCAGCCUCAGCUGCACCUACGGUCUCAGCAGCCACAGUCGCACCAAGAAACCAACCCACUGGAGGCUUGUCAACAGGCAUCGCAGCUUGCAUUUCUGUUCCAGUGGGCAUUGAUGCACAUGCAACGAUGAGUGCUCGGCUCACUCUGUCACUCACGUAGGACGGUGGAGAGUAGGGUGGUGCAUCCGGCUCAUUACUGGUUGGAGUUUUGAGGUUUUGCGUUUGGCAAAACCGCGAAAAGGCUUACACGGGAUGGCAGGAACCCUAUAGGUCUAGGACACAUCCUUGAAGACUGGGGCUGGGGCGGGUGUGCCCAGCCUCUUAGGCAAAGCAGAACGUUUAUUUGCACGUUGACUGUGGCAGGAGUGCUUGCAUGUUUAGGAGUGCAUUAAGCUUUGCUGGCAUUGGCCAAUCCUAAUGGCUGCUAGACCGAGUGCGGCCACUAGUGCACAGUUGCCCACCGAGGGAAUGGUGGCAAACCUUCCGCAUUGUAUUGCAGAGGCAGCAAAAUAGCAUGAUGGCGUUCUUAAAGCCUUGUGUUCAUGUGUUCGCGGUCAGUUAUUUACACGCUCCUAACGGCCAUGCCUGAGCAACUUGUCGUACUCGCAUGACAGAUUGACGGACGUUGCAGAUGGCCGAGAUAGGUACAGGUCAAAGCUAACCCAUGUUUUAUAAUUCAUUUUAGCCUUUUAAGCAGGGUUACGCAGUAGACUAAUGUGGGACAAGUAUGCGCCCGAGCGCUUAUGAAAUUUUUGGAAUCAUCCACAACGCCACCGGUUGAUUAGCCAACGAAAAUGCGGCUUACACAUUUUAUACAUUAGGACAAUGACGGGUCUGCUGGUCGCAUGUAAUAUGGUGGACUCUUAACUGACAGCCAGCCGGCGCACCCUUGCAUUUACCUUGGGCCGCUCAUUCUUGGCGACGAGUAACGAAGAUGGCACCCCAUAUACUUCCUAGCGAUCUCGCAAAUGCCGCUAUGCUCGCUGUCGAGACCGUGGAUACCAGCACCCUGGCUGGUCGUGUAGCCAACGCUCUACAUUUUUUAGGGCUUUUGGAUUAUGUGGACGAUGUCCGCGAAUUGCUAUGCUACCAUAGCGGAGAGGUCAUCCACAGUCCCAUGCCCAAGCGCGAGCGAAUUGAGGACCAUUAUGGCAAAUUUUCUGGCGAAGACGACGAGAGACAUACUCCAAACAUUCCCCACAACCAGUAUGCGGAAUGUGUGGAUUCUUUGGAGGAUGGCGGCCUAAGGCUCACGGCCACACUUAGCGACAGUGCAUCUCAAAUGAGGCCCUUCGCUGGUCCACAGAAAGCAAAGGAUGUUGCCACAUGCCUUGACACGGACACCUUGCUAUCCCAACAGCGCACGCAAAUUCAAGGACGGCAGGCUCUUCAAGAACUUUCUCGGAACUUUCACCUGCAGCAUCCCUUCACCAUGACGCAUGACCAACCCCCACCACCAGGGCUUCCCGUGCUUCUACCGCGGCCGCCACCACCACAGCAGCAAGGGC